AUGGACGGCGACUCCACGUCGUCGUCCAGUCAAGAUGAGUCAGAGUAUUCCAGCGACGAAGAAUCGAAGCAGCAGGCCCGCCAGGCGCACACUUACGAGAAGGACUCGGACGAGGAGGAACUUGAACGGUUCGUCCUUGGAGAUACUGCCAAUUUUCGGGAGAACCUAUUCAAGGACGAUUCACGAGAUGACGGCACGGAGUCCGAAUUCGGUGGCUUUGGCGACGACGGUAACAACGCACAAGUCACCGGGCUGGAGGACCUGGACGAUGCCGACCUCUUCGCCUUCGACGUUGGAGGGACACAAUCCGACGACCAACGACUUGUGGUAGCCCCAAUAGCAAAAACAUCUCAAGUUGCCGACGAGUAUGCGCCGGCGUGGGAAGACAGCGACGACGAACGGCUGACCGUUUCCCUUUCGAAUGCUACGCAGUUGCGGAAGCUCCGAAUCAGUGAGGCAGAGGACGUUGUGACGGGAGCCGAGUAUACCAGACGAUUACGGCAACAAUACCUGCGACUGAAUCCCCUUCCCGAAUGGGCACAAGAACCUGCGGAGCGGCCGACAAAACGUAGACGGCGUUCAUCUGCUGCCUCCAACGACUCUGAGACCUCGAGUGACGCUGCUAGCGACGACGACACCGAAGUCUCUGCACUACCUCUGGACAAGUUUCUUCGUGAUGCUGGCGCACUGCAGGGUGGCAAGAUCGCGAAGGUCAGGAAACUACGGCCUGAAGUUAUCGAUAUUCAAAGAUCUCGUGACAUACCCGAUACCCAUAGAGACGCAGUGACGUCCAUCGCCUUCCACCCUGAACACCCUAUUCUUCUUUCCUCCAGCAUAUCGUCGGUAUUACAUCUCCACCAUAUUGCCCCGACUGCGCAUCCGACCCCGAACCCACUCUUGACAUCGGCCCAAGUCAAGCAAGUUCCCGUCCGCAGAGCAGAGUUCUUGAAUACGGGAGACAAGAUAUUUUUCGCCGGCCGGCGCCGCUACAUCCACUGCUGGGACUUGUCAACAGGGAUGGUACAGAAGACCAAUAAGAUCCAGGGGCAUCAGCUAGAGCAGAGAACAUGGGAGCGGUUCAAGCUGAGCCCGUGUGGAAGAUACCUGGGGAUGAUCAGCACUUCGAGAAAGGGGGGUGGUUCCGUCAACAUCAUCAACGUUACGACCAUGCAAUGGAUAGCAGCCGCGCGACUCGAUAGUAGAGGUGGUAUUGCGGAGUUUUGCUGGUGGAGCAACGGAAAUGGCCUCACGAUUCUGGGCAGGGGCGGCAACGUGGGGGAGUACAGCAUGGCUACGAGGAGGUUCCUAGCUAUCUGGAACGAUGAAGGGUCAAACGGUGGCACUGUCCUGGCACUUGGUGGCCGCGGCGGCCCUGUUUUGCUUGGCGGCGACCGAUGGGUGGCGACGGGGUCGAACAGCGGUGUCGUGAACAUCUACGACCGCGCCUCCUUGAUUCUACCGUCGGCAGAGGACGAGCUCAAGGUCAAGGAACGGCCGGAGCCAACGCGCACAUUCAUGCAGCUCACAACACCAGUCAGUGUGAUAACCUUCAGCCCCGACGGGCAGCUGCUGGCCUUUGCCAGCAAAUACGUCAAGGAUGCGCUGAAGCUCGCCCACCUUCCCACCUGCACAGUCUACAGGAAUUGGCCGACGGAACAGACUCCCCUUGGCAGGAUAUCGGAUGUGGCGUUUGGUAGGAAAAGUGACAUGUUGGCUGUUGGCAACGAUGCAGGGAAGAUCAGGUUAUGGGAGAUUCGUAGCUAG